AUAAUUUCCCUUAUUUUUAAUCAACGUCAUGAUAUUGGAAAACCUGAUUCCAAAUUGGCAAAUUAUAUAUAUCUAUUUGGACACAGGCGGAUAAAGGGUUAUAUUCUCACUUCAAGGGGAGGCCGUGGUUGAAGCUGCUUCAAUAGUUACUUCAGGUGCCUAAAGGAGCAGGCUUUGUCUGUUUAGAGGGAUGGUGAAGUUUUCUGGAUAUUCUUUGAUAACUUCAUUUACUCCAUUUCACUCUGUUAUCCUAAAAAAGCAUCGCAGAUUUUCAUUUCAUAUCUGUUGCAAAAAUUCAAGAAAGUUCCUUGCUGCUUCUGUCAAAGAUCGUUGUCAAAUGGUUGCUGAGUCCUAUAAUCCUCCUUUGUUCAGUGUUGCUCCUAUGAUGGACUGUACAGAUAAUCACUACAGGACUCUUGCCCGGCUCAUAACAAAACAUGCAUGGCUAUAUACAGAAAUGUUUGCGGCUGAAACAAUUGUUUAUCAAGAGGAGAAUUUGGAUAGAUUCUUAGCAUAUUCCCCUGAGCAGCAUCCUAUUGUCCUUCAACUCGGUGGGAAUAAUUUGGAAAACCUGGCAAAAGCUACUAAACUUGCGAAUGCUUAUGGCUACGAUGAGAUUAAUUUGAAUUGUGGGUGUCCUAGUUCAAAGGUAGCUGGACAUGGGUGCUUUGGUGUUCGGCUUAUGCUUGAUCCAAAGUUUGUUGGCGAGGCUAUGUCGGUGAUUGCUGCAAACACCAAUGUUCCUGUUAGUGUUAAAUGCCGAAUCGGUGUCGAUGAUCAUGAUUCAUAUAAUGAGCUAUGUGAUUUUAUUUAUAAGGUUUCAUCUCUCUCCCCAACAAAGCAUUUUAUAAUACAUUCACGCAAGGCACUGCUGAAUGGCAUCAGCCCAGCUGAAAAUCGAACAAUUCCUCCGCUGAAAUAUGAGUACUAUUAUGCUCUGUUGCGUGACUUUCCCGACCUAAAGUUCACAAUAAAUGGAGGAAUUAAUUCUAUUGAUGAGGUAAGAGCGGCUCUAAGAGAGGGAGCUCAUGGUGUAAUGUCGGGACGUGCUGCAUACCAUGAUCCUUGGAAUAUCUUGGGACAUGUUGAUACUGCAAUUUAUGGUGCACCAAGGAGUGGUCUCACACGUCGUCAGGUCCUUGAACAGUAUCAGGUAUAUGGUGAUUCUGUGCUGGGAAAAUAUGGACCUAGACCUCAUGUCAGGGAUGUGGUAAAGCCUUUGUUUGGAUUUUUCCAUUCAGAGCCCGGGAAUGGUCUAUGGAAGCGAAAAGCUGAUGCUGCUUUCCAGCAUUGCAAGACCGUCAAAUCCUUCUUUGACGAAACCCUAGUAGCAAUUCCAGAUUCUGUCUUGGAUUCGCCUGUUGCAGCGCCAUCUGGUCGUAAAGAUCUCUUUGCCAACAUAAGUACUUUGUUGCCACCCGCUUACAAAGCGAAAGAAGAAGAACUAUGUGCUUCAUUUUAGUAUGUCAUCUCAAUGCAUACGUUGCAGUGCUACACUGUAUGUAAGUUUUGCACAUUUGUUACAAUUCUUUCGGAGUACCGGCUAACCGGUACAUGUAACAGUAUUAUGUCAAUCACAUUACUUAAUUAUUUUGAAUCAUCAAAUUUUACACCUCUGUAUUGUAGCUGGACUAUGAUUUGAAUAGAAUACCUACAGCUGGAGAAAGGCAUUGCUAGGUUCAGACAUUUUGUAUUACUUGAUUAUUCUUUAAAUGUUAUGGCUCUAUUAUCAUUCCA